GCCAACCCUGCUCCCAUUAUCGUGAACACAGACUCGCUGGAACAAGGGCUCUCUGUGAAUGGCAGCGAUGGGAUGUUCAAAUACGAGGAGAUCGUCUUGGAAAGGGGUAACUCCGGCCUCGGCUUCAGCAUAGCAGGAGGAAUCGACAACCCCCACAUUCCAGAUGACCCAGGUAUCUUCAUCACCAAAAUCAUCCCCGGGGGAGCAGCAGCCAUGGAUGGCCGUCUGGGGGUGAACGACUGCGUGCUGCGGGUGAAUGACGUGGACGUCUCCGAGGUGGUGCACAGCAAAGCCGUAGAGGCCCAGGUGGUGCGUCUGGUGCUGCGCCGCCGGCAGCCCCCACCAGAGACGAUCAUGGAGGUCAACCUCAUGAAGGGCCCCAAAGGCCUGGGGUUCAGCAUCGCAGGGGGCAUCGGGAACCAACACAUCCCUGGGGACAACAGCAUCUACAUCACCAAGAUCAUCGAGGGAGGCGCUGCCCAGAAGGACGGGCGCCUGCAGAUUGGAGACCGGCUGCUCGCGGUGAAUAACACGAACCUGCAGGAUGUGCGGCACGAGGAGGCAGUGGCUGCCCUGAAGAACACUUCUGACAUGGUGUACCUGAAAGUGGCCAAGCCCGGCAACAUCCACCUCAACGACAUGUACGCGCCCCCCGACUACGCCAGCACCUUCUCAGCCUUGGCUGAUAACCACAUAAGCCAUAACUCCAGUCUGGGCUACCUGGGCAGCGUUGAGAGCAAGCCUGCCUACCCCAUCCCUCCCCAGGUGACUCCAUCCCGGUACUCGCCCAUCCCUCGGCACAUGAUUGGGGACGAGGACUUCACCAGGGAGCCCCGGAAAAUCAUCCUGCACAAAGGCUCCACCGGCCUGGGCUUCAACAUCGUUGGAGGGGAAGAUGGUGAGGGGAUCUUCGUGUCCUUCAUCCUGGCCGGAGGCCCUGCUGACCUCAGCGGGGAGCUGCGGAGGGGAGACCGCAUCCUCUCG